AUGUUAUUUUGUCUUUUAAUAGACUACAUCUUCAGUCACUAUACUAUUGGUGAUCAGCUGGGGAAAGGUGGUUUUGGUGUGGUGUACGAAGGGAGACGUCUGGAGGAUGAUCUUAAAGUGGCCGUGAAAUACGUCACAAAGACGAAAGACGCUAAAUGUAUAUUCAUUCCUGAUCAUCCAAAGCCCCUUCCUAAAGAGAUCGCCCUCACCAUCCUGGCGAGUAAAGGUCCCAGCGUGCCGGGGAUCAUCCGGCUGCUGGACUGGCAGGACCACCCUGACCACUUCGUCAUGGUCCUCGAAUGUCCCUCUCCCUGUGAGGAUCUGGCCCGGUUCAUGAGGCGUCACGGUGGAAGACUGGAUGAGGAGAAGGUCCGGCACAUCAUGAGGCAGACGGCUCACGCUGCCAACAUGUGCUGCGAUCGCAGAGUCCUCCACCGUGACAUCAAACUGGAAAAUCUCCUGAUUAACAGCGAGACAUCUGAAGUCAAGCUGAUAGACUUCGGGUGUGGGGACAUUCUGAGGAGUUCGGCGUACAGGUCAUACUCCGGCACAUCAGCGUACUGUCCUCCCGAGUACCAUGCCAAGGGGAAGUACUACGGCAGGCAGGCGACGGCAUGGUCACUAGGGAUUCUGAUGUUCGUGAUGUUGUGUGGACAUUUCCCUAGUGACUAUGACCUGAUGCUGCUGAAACAGAAGCUCUGGUCCAAACCCAACCUGUCAACAGAAUGCUGUCGCCUCCUCAGGUCUCUGCUAAAGGACAAGCCAAGCCGGAGACUUAGUCUGGGGAGAAUCCUGUCCCACAACUGGUUUAAGGUCGUCACAUAA